CCCCGGGCGCCUGGCGGAGAUGGCGCGGUACCCCUGAGGAAUCGCCGGGAAAGUUUUCCAAGUUUCCCGUGGGGCGCGGACGUAGGCUGUUCCCUCCGGGCGAGGGAUGCAACAGACAGCCCGGGAUGAAGGCGGGCACCCCUGGCCGGAGCCGCUCGGCAGCGUCAGCCUCCCCUUCCGCUGCCCGCGCUGCGGCGACCACACCAGGUUCCGGAGCCUCUCCUCCCUGCGGGUGCACCUGGAGUACAGCCACAGCUUCCAGGAGAGCAGCCUCCUAGCCAGGAGCAGCCUGUUCUCCCCGCUGAAGGACGCGGAGCUGGUGUCUCCGCCGGAGCCCGCAGCCCAGGGCAGCCCGGGGAGCCCCGGCGGCUUUGCCGCGCAGCCCGCGGGGCCCUACCUGAACUUGGGCGCGUCCUGCGGGAGCGGGAAGGGCGAGCAGCCGCGGGAGCUGGCAGCGGAACGGCCCAGCUCCUACCUGGCCAGCUAUGUAUCGGCUGAGUCUUCCAGCGAGGUUUCCAAACCCGGCCUCCCGGCCACCGAUUCCAAAGCCUCCUUUGAGGCACACGUCAGAGAAAAGUUUAACAGGAUGGUAGAGGCCGUGGACAAAACGAUCGAGAAGCGGAUCGACAAGCUUACCAAAGAGUUGUCCCAGAAGACGGCGGAGCUGCUGGAGGUGCGGGCAGCGUUCGUGCAGCUGUCCCAGAAGAAGCAGGAGGUGCAGCGGCGAGAGCGGGCCUUGAGCAGGCAGGUGGAUGUGGCGGUGGAGAUGAUCGCAGCCUUGAAGCAGCGGCUCAGCGAGUCCGAGGAGGAGCUUCACCGGAAAGAGGAAGAAGUUGUUACUUUCAACCACUUCCUGGAAGAAGCAGCAGAAAAAGAAGUGCGGGGGAAAGCUAGGCUUCAGCACUUCAUUGAGAACCUGUUGCAGCGCGUGGAUCUGGCAGAAAGGCAGCUAGAAUAUUACCAAAACCAGCAGAUGGUGUGCAACCACACCGACGUCAACGAGCACAUGUUUACAGACACUUCAUUAAACAAGAAACCCAGAUGCCUGAGCCAAGGAAGUCAACACGCUUCAUACAACAUCCCUGAUGCAAAGCCUCAUUCCUUUCAAAAAGGAAGGAUCUUGUUUAAAAAAGCAAAGGAUGAAAAAGCCAGCUUGCAGCCAGUGAAAUGCUUCUAUGAAUCUGUUGAUUGCCCAAGAGAAAUAUGGAGAGCACAAAAGAAGGGUGAACCAGCCUGCUCUGCCAGGAAAGUGAGUGCAAAAUCAAAGACAGGUAAAAAGGCCAAACCGCUAUAGGAGCAGUGAGCAAUAAGCAGCAACAUAAGAACUUGGCUUCAACACAACAAAUAUUGAAUGAAGUUAGUAAUCCUACUUUUUCCAAUCCAUCUGGCCAUGCCAAAACAUAUCAGAUGUAAUAUAUAGUAUAUGGAAGUUUUAUGUUAUUUAGUUACGCCGUUCCCUCUUUGGGCACCAUAAAAGAAGUGGAAUUUUAUUCAGUUUACAUGAAGGUUUAUCUAUUUAUUCAUUGAUUUAUUUAUUUAUUUAUUUAGUCAUUUAUAGAGCAUAUUUUAAAUGACUGCAGUUAUCUUGCUGGGCAGUACUGUGGCUGUAUGUUUAAUUAUUUUAGUGGCAGCAUGUGGCCUGGUAAUUUAUUUUCCAUCUGUAUUAUUCCUGCAGUUCAGAGGAGUCCAUUUAAUCGGCACCUAAAUAUUCAAUCUUUCAGCUUAGGUAGGUGUAAGAUCAGUGACUAAGAGACAUACUUAGAUGCAGAAGGCCAACUCAAAGUCACUUGAAGGCUGUUUACAGCAGAAGAUUGCUAACGUGGGUUUUUGGCUAUAAGCACAUUUCCAUCUUUUAUUAAAUACAUUAAACCACUUGAUCCUGCCAGCAGCCAUGCCUAUUGGUACAAGUGUGGGCUCCUCUGAGAUUUCCUUUAGCAAGGAGACCAGAAUUGGGCCAGAGGAGGAAUUUCAGUGCCAGGUGCCAGCAGCAGGUUAUCAGCUGUGGUGCAGCAAGUGACAGGCUAAAGCAGCGUGCUACUGCGUGGCAUUGUGUUCAAUGUCUGUGUUUGGUCUC